CUAAGUGCACGUCUAGUGUUAGUGUUUGAUUGAAUUAUUAAAAAUUUAGUGUUCGACUUACGUUUUAAGUGAACUUUUGGGUGAUGUUUGAUAUAUUUUUAAAAGACAUCAAAUUAAAAUGGCGUCAAUAUUUAUAUGCGUCAUUAGCCAGCUAUGGCAGUCUCUGUACUGGGAUGUCCAUGGGAUGGACAUCGCCAGCCUUGCCGCAGCUCCGCUCUAACAACUCCCCCUUACCACGAGAACCUACGUUACAGCAGGAAUCAUGGAUAGGAUCGUUACUUGUUCUUGGAGGAUUGCUUGGACCCCUAAUCACAGUUCCUCUAUUAAACCGAAUCGGGCGAAGAUGGAUCAUCAUGGGUUCAAACAUUCCUCUACUCCUCGGCUGGUUGCUCGCUGGUGUGGCAACUGAUUUGCCUACUAUUUACGCCGCUCGUAUUAUGUGGGGUUGCGCGACUGGCAUGCAGUUUGCAACGGUGCCAUUAUAUAUUGGGGAGAUAGCUGAAGACAAGAUUCGUGGUUCCUUAAGCUCAUUGUUCUUGCUCUUCAUCAACGUUGGAUUCCUCCUGGCAUAUGCCAUCGGCCCAUUCUCCACGUACUGGGGCCUCACAGCUACUGGCGGUAUACUGUCACUGUUCUAUAUCCCAUGUACUUGGAUCAUCCCAGAGACUCCGUUCUUCUCAGUUUAUAAAGGUAGAAUCGAAGAAGCAUCUCAAGUUUUACAAGACCUAAGAGGGACAUCGAAGGAUGCUGUUCAAGCAGAAUUGGAAGGAUUACAAGCAAUCAUCGCGAGGGAGUUCAAAGUUGAACCCAGCGUGAAAGACUUGUGGGCUACCAGAGGAAAUUUAAAAGCAUUGGGUAUUUGCGUUUUCCUAGCGAUGUUACUGCAACUGUCGGGAAUCGAUGUUUUACUUUUCUAUAUGGAAGAACUUCUUAUAAAAGUAGGCACAAAAAUUUCGCCAUCUGAUGGAACCAUAAUAAUGGGAGUUGUUCAGGUUGUUACAAGUUUCAUUACACCUCUAGUAGUGGAUCGACUCGGAAGGAAGCUUCUCAUGUGGACAACAUCGCUUGGUCUAACGAUAUUUCUGGGAAUUAUAGGUAUCUACGCGUUACUAGACUCACAUUACCACUACAACGUCGAGUCCUGGGCGUUCCUGCCUCUGUUGUGCCUCAUUGUGUAUAUGAUAUUAUUUACUCUCGGUGUUGGUCCAGUACCAUGGAUCUUGGUAGCAGAAAUGUUCCCCGUUAGAACCAAGUGUCUCGCCAGCGGUAUAGCCUCCUUCAUGUGCUGGCUGGCUGGCUUUAUAUGGACCAGGUUCUUCCGUGACGUGGCGGCGUCCUACGGCAUUUACACUGCCUUCUGGAUAUUAGCCGUGUGCUGCGGGUUUGGCUUCAUUUUCUCCGUCAGUCCACUGUUGCCGGAGACUAAAGGGAAAACCUUCGAUGAAAUCCAAGACAUGCUCAAUAAUAGAACAAAGCAACCGAACCCGGAACCAGUUUAACGUGGGAAUUAUAUAGAAGAUUUAUAUUUUGUUUAUAAUUUAUUGUAACGAAUAAAAAAAUAUAA